AAGUAAAUUUCGGAACACAGUGAAACAGCAAUAAAAGUUUCAAUGCGCGUCCGCAGGAUAAGCAGAAAACAAGAGCUCAAUAGAAUAAAUAAAAGCUACGUAUCCAUAGAAACUCGUUAUCCUUGCGAAGUUCGUUAGCUGUACGUAUUACUGUAUCUUAGCAAAACGGAUUUAUACAAGAUUGUAUUUUCGCUGGACGUUAAUAUAAAAUGUAAACAAAAGAAAGUAUGCUAAUAAAACGAAAUGCCAGAGAACGAGUGGUGGAAUCGUGUGCGGGAGUUUCAUAAUGAAAAAAAAUGGAAAACGGAAAGAGACAAUAACGGAAUGCACGAGAUGAGAACUUACGAUUCAAAUAAAUACAUUUCCGGAGCGAGUAGCACGCCAAACGGAACUGUGCCAGACAACAUUUUACAAUUUCAUCAUUCGUUUUCGUACGAUUGUCAAAGAUACUUUAAUCUUUGCGUAGUAGAGCCAAAUGUUGUUGUUUUUGCUUCUGGUAACAUCUUACAUUUCUUGAAUACUGCGACGAACGAGCUGUGGUUUAGAAGAGGAUACACAGGUGGUGGAAUCGGACACGUGACGAAAAAUCCAAUGUUUGAUCAUAUUGCCGUUGGCGAGAAUGGUAUUAAACCUCCGAUAAUAAUCUAUAAAUGGCCUUCGUUGGAUAUCGUGACAAUUUUACACAAUGGUACAAUGAAGUCCUAUUCUUAUUUAACAUACAGUGCAGAUGGUUUGUUGCUGGUGUCACAAGCAGGAUACCCAGAUUACACAAUUACUCUUUGGAAUUGGCAGAAAUCUGAAAUAGCAUUAAAAUGCAAGUCUUACAAUCGGGAUGUUUACAAUGUAACGAUAUCUCCAUCGUUACCUGGAUGUUUAGCAACGUGCGGCUCAGGACAUAUAAAAUUUUGGAGAAUCUCCGAAACAUUCACGGGACUUAAAUUAAAAAGCGAAAUUGGUAGAUAUGGUCAGACAGAGAUUUCUGACAUUGUGGGCGUGUAUAUUAUGCCAGACGGAAAGGUUGUAUCAGGUUGCGAAUGGGGGAAUAUUUUAUUGUGGGAAGAAGGCUUAAUUACUUUUGAAAUAUGUAAAAAAAAUCGACAGCCGUGUCAUGCUAAAGCAAUUACACAAUUUGAAUAUACAAAUGGAGAGCUUAUAUCAGUUGGUAUGGAUGGAUGGAUUCGAAUUUGGUUCUAUGAAACUAUAGAUCAAGCAUAUUCCCAUAAUGAUGAACGUUUUCUAGAGAUUCAGCCUAUUUAUGAAUAUCACAUUAGUGAGAAUGGAGCUAAUGGUUCAAUGCUAAUGUGUAUAUAUAAGCAAGAACCAGACAGUCUAGAAAGUACAUUCUGGUAUGCUCAAGAUGGAAAUGGUGGAAUUUGGUUAAUAGAUUUACAUACCAUGAAAGCAGAAUUACCACAAAAAAUAUUCACAUGCCACGCGGGAGCUAUAGCUGACAUGGAUAAUGCAACAUGGGGCCCCUUUGUAGCUACACUUAGUAAAACAGGACAAUUGCAUAUUUAUAAUUACCUAGAGAAAAAGUUAAUUCUAAUGCAUAAAUUUAACGAUAAUGGCAGUCAAGUUGUCUGGUUUCCAUGCCAGAUUGAAGCAACAGGAUCGACACUUGCAUGUGCUUUCGAGAGUGGUGUAAUUCGUAUAAUUGCUGUAGCAGUAUCAGCAGCUGACGCUACUGAUGAUAUAAAAGGAGAUUAUGUCCGGCUGAUUCAAAUUAUAAAACCGCACAAAAUGGCAAUAACCGCAAUGUCUCUAAAUCCAUCAUGCCGCUUACUGGUAACUGGUAGUGAUGAUUCAACAGUAUUUAGUUUCGUUAUAACGGUGUCCGAAAACUUUCCUGUUAUUAUGCCAAUUGGCUUCGUCAAAGUACCUUCGGGAGUCACGUGUCUCACAUGGAAAACACAAUGUGAAACAACGUUAUUAAUUGGAUGUAUGCAAGGUGAUUGUGUAGAAGUUGUUUUGCCAAGGACACCUCAACCAUAUACUACCGCUUCGUACGAACUCGUUCAAUGUCGACCAAAAGCGUUUAAAUUCCAUUCUGUAAAAUCUGCUAUUCAAAGAGAAUUAAUACGCCUACGUCGAGAGGAAAAAAGUAAGGAGAAGAUAGAGACAAAACGUCAAGAACUAGAGCGAUUAAUAGCAGAAAGUCCCGGACUAGAAAUUAACGAAGAAACAUUUCUUGCUAUAGAAGAACAAGAGCCAUUGCCGGAAGUCUACACACCAAAAACAGCAAAUAAGGUAUUGAUAGCGCAGUAUAUCAGUCAUGAUAUUAUUUGGUUGUUAAUGGGGGGAUUUGAUGCGGGAUAUAUCUAUGAAUAUCCAAGUCCGCAAAUUAUCGAAACUAUUGAAGAAAAGCCGAUUAAAAGUACCGUGAUAUACGAUGCGGACGACGUAGAAAUACGAAGUUGUCUUUUCUACAAGGAAAAGAAGUACUUGUUCCUGGCAAUGGAGCAUGGACAAAUACGGGUUUGCAGAUGGAAACCCGAAAAUUAUACAGAUCUUUCGGAUUACUGGAUACUUCCGAUGCACGAUAAUUGUAAUGGCUAUAUCCCAAAGAUGGUUCUCAGUCAUAAUCAAAAGAUGUUAUUUACAUGUGGAUACGACGGAAAUUUAUUUUCUUACGAGAUAAACGAUGACACGCCAUUCGAAGAAAUUGAAUUUGAAAAAACCAAAGGAACCUUGUCCUUGCCGCACACUAGUAUUGAAGAUAUCGAAGAAAUUGAUCAUAAAAGUUUGGAAGAGAUGAUUCAACAAGCUGAAUACGACAGAAUCGCAACUGCAGUGAAGCAGAAUAAAUAUCGGACAUUGGAGAUAUUACUCAAAUUAAGCGAAGAAUAUAGCAAGAUUGUGGAAAGGAAUAACGCCCUGCCAAAAUCUCAUCAAAUAAGUUACAAAGAAUUGGAGUUGGAUCCUAGAAUUACAGCUGAUCUGAAUAAAGAACUGGAUGUGGAAAUGGCUACGGUACGCGAAAAAUUGGCAUUUAAAGUGGAGAAAAGCGAACUUGGAUUGCAAAAGCUCGUAGAAUAUUUUGUCCAACCUAUUACAUGUUUACCAUUUGUCGUCUGCAAAAUAUUGAAAUCAGAUAAUAUUGUAUAUUCUUUACGCCAACACAUCUUGGACAUUGAUACUUCGCACCAUAUCAAUAUGACGAAAUAUAUACAUGUGUUCGAGAAAAAAGAGAAUGGAAAUAGUAUAACGGAUGACAAAAUGCAACAUUAUGAAGAAGAGCAACAAAAAGAAGGUAAAGUGAAAAUGGGCGAAGAAAUUAAGGUGGCAGAAACGAGACCAAUCGAAGAUUUCUUAAAAGACUUGAAUUAUGAAAAUGUAUUAGAUAGCAGCCUAGGAAUUCAAUUGAAUCAAAUGUUGCGCAAAUAUAUAUUGAGAAAGGCAAAAUUGGAACAACGCGAAAAAGAAUGGAAAGUUAUACAUGAUGAAAAACCAGAUAUAUCUGUCAGUCAUACGCAUGAUAUAUUCGCCAUUGACGAAGCAAAAAAAGCUAUUGGCGAUUAUAAAUUAAAGACAUCUUCCACUUUCAACUUGUCGGAAGAACGAGAUACUCUCUCUUCGAAAUAUGAAGAACUACUAAAUUGCCGAAAAAAGCUUUAUUAUCAGCAAGAAGCUUUCAACACAAAGUUGAAAGCUGUAAGAACUGAAAAGGAACACUUGCACACAGAAGUUUUACAUUUAAUAAAAUCUCUCAAAAAUAUUCAUGCCGAAAUACCAUUGGAAAGCGUGAAACCUUUGCCGGUUAUACCUGUGUUAAAUGUUAAUAUGGAAUUUCCUGAAAGAAAAGUAAUGAUCGAAGAACAUACACUGAAAGCAGAUAAGCAGAGACGAACAACGAUAAUAUUAUCGGAGCAGACACCCGUUUGCCCAGACGAAGAAUAUGAAGUGUUGCUCUUAGAUGAAAAAUUUCUGGAAAACGUGAAAACUUCAAACGGAUUGUUUGCAUUAUUCUCUAUUGCGGAAAAGAAGAUGAAGAUCCAACCCAUAGUUCAAGAUAAUAUGAAGUUACUUCAUUUAAGAGAUGACGUCGAAAGUCCGUGGGAACGACAAAUGAAGUCUUCUCGUAUGCUACGCAAAAUAUAUGAACAGGAUUGCAUAUUAAGACAUAUACAAAUCAGUUGUGAAAAUUUAGACAUAAAGUUGGACAAAUUGGAACGCGAUAGAUUGGAUAUAGUUGCCGAGAAUGUCAAUCUUAAUUUAUUCUUAUUGACGCUCCGUCAAGAAUAUAUUAUUUUGAAGGAGUUUGAGACAAUGGAAAAUGUAUUACAUGACCAAGUUAAUCGUAGAUCAGAAGAGGUUGCAGCAGUGAUGCAGAAAAUACAGACGGCAACCGACAAAGUAGACGUUAAAGUCAAGGAAAUUACAAGAUUACAUAAUCAAAUUAAAGAUAUCUCUUCCGAGUACAUGCGUCGAAUAAAUGACAACAAGUUCCGUAAUUUUCUAUGUCGAAUAUUUAGGAAGAAAUAUAAAGAAGUGAAAGAAGAAGAUGAGAUCACUACUACAACAACUGAAACGGAAACAGAUGAAACGACUAGUGGAAAUAAUGGAGAAUCCGAGUUGAUUUAUCUCGAUGAAAACAUAUGUCCAUCAGGAUGUGAUAAAAUGUUAUACGACUUAGCAUUUUCGAUGAGAGAAAAACGAUACGCAUGCGAACAUCAAAUUAGAGAUGCGCAACGAAUUGUGGAAGCCUUUCAUAAGGAGAUUCAAAUUUAUUUGAAGAAGCUGAAAAUUAUAGAGAGCAAUUUGAAGAAAAACGAGGAUGAUUUAAAAAUAUUUAUGCUUAAAAAACAACGGAAACUAAAUGACGUAGACGUUACGAUACUAAUAAAAUUGCAUCAGCUGCAGUAUUUCGAGGAAUCUUAUAUCUCAUUUAAAGUGCAUGAUUGCGUGGUAUUUGAUAAGAAAAAAUUGUCUAACUUGUACGUGAGAAUACAAGAGUUGUAUCAAGAAACACUUGAAUUACACGCUAAACAUAAACAUGCUCGAACGCAUCUUCAGAGAAUCAAACUUGAUUGCAAUCACAUGCGUGUCAAUAAUAAAAAGUUGAAAAAUGAGAUAAAGCUGAAAAUAAUGAAUAAGUUUGGCCAAAAUGUGUCCUUAAGUAAAUUAUACGAGACAAUACUUCGUCGAAUAGUAUAUGAUAUUAAAGCAAACUUGAACGAGACAACAGCGUAUUUCAUCAAACGAAUUAAACAUGUCAAAGAGAAUUACGCGGAAGAAUUAGUCAUAUUUAACAACCUGAUCCGGGAACAUACGCAAAAAUUGAGUUUUUUAACACUUUUAGUGGAGGAACAAUCAAAACUUCAGAAACUAUUGAAGCGACACAUCAUAUCAGAUGUAAAUCAUGUUUGUAUAUUCAUUAAACAUUUAAUUUCACAUUUUUCGAUACUAUCGUUGUUGCAGGAGGAUAUGCUACAGUUGGAGCAGAAAUAUAAAAGUGAUAUAAUGAAGAUGGAGAGUAUCCUUGAAAAUCAAAUACGACAGAAACAUCUAUUUCGGAAGGACAUUAAAAAUCUUAGAUUAAGAACAAAGUCGCAAGAUUCUGUUCAAUCUAAGGAAAUUAUAUCCAAUGGUAAAGAUGAUAAAAUUGAACUUUGCAAUUAUUUCAUGACUUCAUAAUAUCAAUAAAUAUAAUUUAUAAAAUAAUUAUAAAUAUUAAUAAGUAUUAUAAUAUUAUUUAUAAUUUAUAAAAUAAAUUGUAU